AUGUGGAUGGGGCUGAGAGAUAUUAAUAACGAAGAUAAUAUAAAUAAAUUUGUUUGGGUUGAUGGUACUCUGGCCGAUACAUAUACAAAUUGGGGUGCCUAUAUGCCAUUAUCAGAUCGAGAUUGUGGUCUUAUGGCAAGAAUUGGUCAGGAUUAUAAAUGGCUAAACCUUGCAUGUAAUAUCUUUUUGGCAUCACUUUGUGAGUUCGAAUCAGCUUCUACACCAGCCUUACCUACUUCUGCUCCUUCUGCUAUUACUACAGUGCUUUCUCACUACUAUAAACAAAUGGAUAUUGAAGCUGAAUAUACAGGUGCAACGGAUAUUGGUAGAAUUUGA